AGCCUUUGGUGAUUCAAAGUGUCCCAAUAAGAGUAAUGAGCACUAUUUACUAUCCACAUCCUCCACCUGCUGCCCAGACAUCUGUCUCACUCAGACAAAAUGAAUAAAUAUCACCUCACACAAUUGGAGAAAUAAGGGGUAUAAGCAACGUCUCAGCAGAAGAAGUAGUGCAGACUUCACACAUGCUCAACUGUGACACAUUUCCAUUAGUUUUCCCUGCAGGGGGUUUGCAAUUAUUAAUGACAGCAAGCUGUCCACUGUUAACGCGUCAAUUACAUACCAAUUACGUCUUUUUGUAUUGUCAGAUUUUAGGAGAAGGAGCUCAGGAUGCUGUGCGUCACAAUGCGCGUUGGCAAAAAUGUGUUUAAAACAACGUCACUGCAUCGGGACCGACACACCUCCACUUUGCACACAUUCCUUCAGUUUCCCAGUGCAGUACGAUCACUGCAGGCACAAUAAAGCUCUCCAGCAGGCAGUUUGGACACGAGGCGGCACGAGGCGCACUGACCGCUCACUGUUUAGAAAAUGAACUGCCGCAAAUGUCCAAAAUACACAGGUUUACCAUGUCGUAACGCGGCAGAAGAGUAAGUCACUCACUGGAAUAAGCAUACAGACUGAUUUAUGCCCUGUGACUACGGAAAACUACAAUGGAUAUCACUUUGGACCCCCUUUCAACAUCUGUUCUUUACGACGAUGAAGACGGAAACGAAACCUCCACCAAUCUGUUCGAGCAGCCGGACUGGCAGGUGGCAUUAUGGGCGAUUGCAUACUCUUUGAUCGUAAUUGUGUCCAUCAUUGGCAAUGUCACUGUUAUUUGGAUAAUUCUGGCACAUAAACGCAUGAGGACAGUGACCAACUACUUCAUUGUAAACCUCGCAUUUUCUGAUGCUUCUAUGGCAACUUUUAACACUGUCUUCAAUUUCGUGUAUGCUUUGCACAAUGACUGGUAUUUUGGUUUAGGAUACUGCAAAUUUCAAAACUUCUUCCCAAUAACAGCAAUGUUCUCAAGCAUUUAUUCAAUGGCGGCUAUUGCUGUUGACAGAUAUAUGGCUAUAAUCCAUCCCCUGAAGCCCAGGCUCUCCUCCACUACUACUAAAGUUCUGAUCGGGGUCAUCUGGACUGUGGCUUUUUCACUGGCCUUCCCUCAGUGUUAUUACGCCAGCACCAAGUUCUACUUCCCUCGGACUGUUUGUAUGGUGGAAUGGCCUGAUGAUUAUGGAGGGAAACAUCAGCUCUCGUAUCAGAUUGCUGUGAUUAUCCUGAUCUACUUGCUCCCUCUGCUGGUGAUGUUGGUGACGUACAGCCUGGUGGGACAGAGGCUGUGGGGCAGUGAGAUCCCUGGAGAAGCAUCAGACCACUACCAGAACCAGAUGCAGGCGAAACGGAAGGUAGUGAAGAUGAUGAUAGUGGUGGUGACAACCUUUGCAAUAUGUUGGCUGCCCUACCACAUCUACUUCAUUCUGGGGAGCUUCAACAGGGACAUAUACAAGCAGCACUACAUCCAGCAGGUCUAUUUGGCCAUCUUCUGGUUAGCCAUGAGUUCCACCAUGUACAACCCCAUUAUCUACUGCUGUCUAAACCAAAGAUUCCGCUCAGGUUUUCGCAAAGCGUUCCAGUGGUGUCCCUUCAUCAAGAUUUCUGAGGAGGACAACAUAGAACUGCAGCACAUGAGGACCUUUCACAUGAGACGUAGUUAUCGCACCGAGACCACCAGUGUGGUGGUCCGAAAUCAUGCCAAUGAACCAGAAGACACCACAUUCAAAUUAAUCAAAGCCUGAGUCUACAAUAUUUCAGUGAUGGGUAAACAGAGAGGGUGAAAAACACUCUUUUGUUUCCUAUUCUUAAAAUCAAGCACACCCACACGUUGCAUUUAAUACCUCACAUUGUGCUCUAUGGUGAAUUCAGUGGGCUUUACAGACAGGGUAUUUUAUCUACUCUUAUGGCAUAAGCACCAAGCCUUAUUUGUUUCUGUGAUGCUGCUUAAAGUACUAGUCAAAGGCCUACAUGUAGAUCAGUUUGUUCUGUAUAUACUGUAUACACUACUAUUCAAAAGUUUGGGGUUAGUAAGAUUUAAAAAAAAAAAAAAAAAAACUUUUAUUCAUAAAGGAUUCAGUAAAACUAAAAGUAACAAUACAGAUAUAAAAUGUUACAAAAGAAUCCUUAAAAAUAUAUCCUGAUUUCCACAAAAAUAUUAAGCAGCACAACAUUGAAAUGUUUCUUGAGCAGCAAAUCGGCAUCUUAGAAUGAUUUCUGAAG